AUGAGACGCGAUUGUGCAAGCUCUGCUGGCCGGUGGAAAUUUCCAUGCGCCCGCGGCGGCUGCGGCGGCCCCUGGCGGCGUCGUGCGCUCCGCAUUCCGCUGCGGUCCCCGAGCCGGUCCCCACGCCGGGUCCCCGAGCUGCGCGGCCCCGCUGCCAGGCGCUUUACCCGAGCCGCCGCGCAACAAGCUGACAGAGAAGGGGGAGGCGCUGGGGAGCCUGUGUUCCAGCCCUGGACUGAGGCUGCUGGGCAGCCGGCUGCAUUUCCACGAAGCUGGGCUGUGUUACCAGAUCCCUAUCUGUCUUUACUCCAGCUACAGGUCAGCAGCUGUAUUUCUGCAGAGGAUCUGGAAGCCCAGAAGCUGAGAAAUGCUGGUGGGGUGCUGGGGACAAGGCUCUGUCAGCAGAGUCUGGUCAUGGACAACUGUCAUUCCAUAGGAUCACAAGGCAAUGGGAGCUCUGGGGUGAAAUGGUUCCUGAAAGGCAGGGGGACGACUCAGUGGUGGGAUGAGAAAGAGAGCACAGACCAGCAGAAGAGAAGAUCUAUGGGAUCUUGGCUCAGAAUGAACUUCCUCCAGCUCCAGUCAAGUGGAUCAGAUCCUAAGAACUAGAGAGCCGUGGCACCAGGACUGGACUCUCCGAAGCUCUCGUGAGGCAGACCGCAGAAGAUCCGGGAGCUAAGGAGGAGGAGCCUUUGCUUGAAAAGUGCAAUUAAUAAUAGCAUUGCCUUUUUACGAUCCACCAGUUAUUCUCCUUAGUAUUUACUUAAAUGAGUAAAAGAGCUUAAGUCCAUACAAAAACCUACACACGGAUGUUUAUAACAGCUUUGUUCGUGAUUGCUAACACUUGGAAGCCAGCACGGUGUCUUUCAGUGGGUGAAUGGAUAAAUAAACUGUGGUAUAUCCAUACAAUGAAAUAUUAAACAUUGCAAAGAAAAGAGCUAUCGAGCCAUAAAAAGACAUAGGGGAAUUUUAAAGUGCAUAUUAUUAGAUAAAAGCCCUGAUCUGAAAAGGCUAGAUACUGUAUGGUUUCAACUGUGUGACAUUCUGGAAAAGGAGAGACUGUGAGACUGGAAAAAGAUGAGUGAUUGCCAGGGAUUAGGGAGAAGGGAGAGGAGGAUAAAGAAGCAAAGUGCAGAGGAUUUUUAGGACAGUGAAACUACUCCCUGUGGUACUCUAAUGGUAGACACAUGUCAUUAUACAUUUGUCCAAACCCACAGAAUGCACACCACCAAAAGUGAACUUUAGUGUAAACUAUGGACUCUGGGUGCUAAUCACAUGUCCAUGUAGGUUCAUUGAUUGUAAUAAGCAUAAAAAGUCUA